AUUUCACUCAACUUUAUUGAUGUAUUAUAGACAGACUGCGACGAGUAGUCACCGAUAGUUUUAACGGUGCACCAGAUAAAAGCUGGUGACCGCCCACCAGCCCCUGGUGGUCAUUGUCUUCUCGCAGGAAACCCCGUGCGCGCCGCAAGCCGGAAGCAGCAAACCCGAAUCCAAAAUGGCAGGAGCCGACGGAGACGACUCUCUCUAUCCCAUCGCCGUGCUCAUUGACGAGCUCCGGAAUGAAGACGUUCAGCUGCGUCUGAACAGCAUCAAGAAGCUGUCCACCAUCGCUCUGGCGCUGGGAGUGGAGAGGACGCGCACUGAGCUGCUGCCCUUCCUCACAGACACUAUUUAUGAUGAGGAUGAAGUUCUCUUGGCCCUUGCAGAGCAGCUGGGCAACUUCACCAUGCUGGUGGGAGGCCCAGAGUAUGUCCACUGCCUGCUGCCGCCCCUGGAGAGCCUGGCCACAGUGGAGGAGACGGUGGUGCGCGACAAGGCGGUGGAGUCCCUGCGGAAGAUCUCCCAUGAGCACUCCCCCGUCGACCUGGAGGUGCACUUCGAGCCCCUGGUGAAGCGGCUGGCCAGUGGGGACUGGUUCACCUCCCGCACCUCCGCCUGUGGCCUUUUCAGCGUCUGCUACCCCCGUGUCUCCAGCACCGUCAAGGCCGAGAUCCGCCAACACUUCCGAACCCUGUGCUCCGAUGACACGCCCAUGGUGCGCCGAGCUGCCGCCUCUAAGCUGGGCGAAUUCGCCAAGGUGCUGGAGCUGGAGUACGUCAAGAGUGACAUCAUCUCCCUUUUCACCGCGCUGGCUUCUGACGAGCAGGACUCGGUGCGGCUCCUGGCGGUGGAGGCCUGCGUGAGCAUCGCCCAGCUGCUGCCGCAGGAGGACCUGGAGGCCCUGGUGAUGCCCACCCUGCGCCAGGCGGCCGAGGACAAGUCCUGGCGGGUGCGCUACAUGGUGGCGGACAAGUUCUCCGAGCUCCAGAAGGCAGUGGGUCCAGAGAUUACCAAGAACGACCUGGUACCAGCCUUCCAGAGCCUCCUGAAGGACUGCGAGGCUGAGGUCAGGGCUGCGGCAGCCAACAAGGUCAAAGAAUUCUGUGAAAAUUUGCCAGAGGAUAGCAGGGAGACCAUCAUCAUGAGCCACAUCCUGCCCUGUGUCAAGGAGCUGGUGUCGGACACCAACCAGCACGUGAAGUCGGCGCUGGCGUCGGUCAUCAUGGGCCUGUCCACGAUCCUGGGCAAAGACAACACCAUCGAGCACCUGCUGCCCCUCUUCCUGGCGCAGCUGAAAGACGAGUGCCCCGAGGUGCGCCUCAAUAUCAUCUCCAACCUGGACUGUGUGAAUGAGGUGAUUGGGAUCCGGCAACUGUCUCAGUCCCUGCUGCCCGCCAUCGUGGAGCUGGCUGAGGACGCCAAGUGGAGGGUGCGCCUGGCCAUCAUCGAGUACAUGCCCCUGCUGGCCGGGCAGCUGGGGGUGGAGUUCUUCGAUGAGAAGCUGAACUCCCUGUGCAUGGCGUGGCUCGUCGACCACGUGUACGCUAUCCGAGAGGCAGCCACCUGCAACCUCAUGAAGCUAGUGGAGAAAUUUGGGGCGGAGUGGGCACAGAACACCAUCGUCCCCAAGGUCCUGAGCAUGGCCAAUGAUCCCAACUACCUGCACAGAAUGACCACACUCUUCUGCAUCAAUGCUCUCUCUGAGGCCUGUGGUCAGGAGAUCACCACCAAGCAGAUGCUGCCCGUCGUUCUGAAGAUGUCCAACGACCAGGUGGCCAACGUGCGGUUCAACGUCGCCAAGUCCUUGCAGAAAAUCGGCCCAGUUCUUGACAGCAAUGCCCUGCAGACAGAAGUCAAGCCUGUGCUGGAGAAGCUGGCCACAGAUCAAGACAUGGAUGUCAAAUACUUCGCCCAGGAAGCUAUAAGUGUUCUUGCCCUGGCUUAAGACAGACACAAAACCAAACGGAUUCGCCAGCCGAUCAGUCUCUGCUGAACGUGCAAGACAUCCCACGACAUAACCACAUCCUAUUUAUUGAUAUCCAGGAUCAACUGGCUACUUUAAACAAAAAAAAAGGAAAAGAGUCUUUAAUGUCAAAAUCAUUGUUCCCUCCUUUGCUUUCAAUGGUAGUAAUUGUACAAGGGAAGUUCAGAUAUUGGCAACGCUUGCUGUAAAACUGACUGCACUGAACAUUGAAUGAGCCUGUCCCAUUUUGGUAGACUAGAGCACACACAGUCAUCACCACUCCUAUUGCUGUGGUUUAAUAUGGUUUUGCAUGGAAUCUAAAGUCUUUGAUGUGUAGAUGUUCUCCUUGUUGCUUUUCACUUCAUCCUCGAUCUUCGUUUUAAAUAAUUGUACAGUUAACCGUUGUGUUCCAGUGCUUCUAUACAGCUGCUUAUAAAUCUGCUUUUCCCUUGACGCGUUUUGCUGUGGAAUACCAUGCCCAGCAGCCUCUAUUCUGAGGGGUGACCUCAGUCCUGCAGCAGAUGGGCAAGAUGAUUUGAAGGCCCAGAGCUUCUCAGAAUUGGUUAGGUUGUGCUCCCCAAAAAGGGCAGUCAUGCAGCAAACCGACCCUACCCCUUUACCCUAGCGCCUAGGAGUUUAGUCAUUUCAGAUCGAAUUCUCGUGUUCAUGGAGCUCCAUUCGAGUAGUAAAAGCCUUCCCCUCGUGCUCCUUGUGCAGUCUGUGAGCUGACGAAUUGGGACCACCAUCAGAAAAGGCAGUGACCUCACUGGGGGGGGAGGUGGGCGGCAGGCAUGCCACUGGUUGGAGGCUGCACUGUGCAAUACUGGGCUUAGCCUCUGACCUUGUUUUUUUUCGUCUUGUACCCGCGUUCGCCGAGAUGUGCACCGCGGCAGGUUUGCUGCUGUGAGAGGAGUGGGCUGGCCGCAGUUUCAGGUUGUUUCCCCGGGUGGUGUAGCCGUGUAAUCUUGGGGUGUCUGAAGGAUCAUCUUGCUCUUUUAACCUGCUGUGCCAGUAACUGUGCUGUUGAAAGCAUUUGUUUUUUUGGGUCACAUUUUAACUUUUUCCCCUCUCAUUCUAAUAUGUUUUUUUCUAUUUUGUGUUCUCCGUUUGUAUGAAUACAAAUCUGCUGGUUUCUCUUUUUUGUUAACAAUUUUUUCGCAUUGAACCAUGAGCCACAGCUGGUCCUGGGGUACAGACAGGACCGUCAUGGCAAACAGUUGGUAAAAGACCAGGCAAACUAGCAGCCAGAGAAGGUUAUGUGAAGUCUUACCGAGUGUCUGUACUUCCCUGGGUAAUAUUUCAUGUAUUUGGAUGUAGUAGAUUAUAUGGAUUCCCAUUAUUAUACGGUAUAAUGAAAUUAAGUUGCUUGCUUCCCCAACCUCUCACCCCUUAACCCCACAUCCUCCACCUACAGACAUUCAUGUCUUUUGAGUUCAGGUUUAUACCUUGAUUGUUCUGUGUCAAUAGACUGUGCUUUGGUUUUAUAUGACAUGAGCUCCCCUUAGAAGGGGAGCUGUACUGUAUAUCUAGGGGAUAGAAAUGAAUAAAAGUUCUACAACAGA